CGUCGGUAUUUCCAGGUGUGGGAGUGGCGGAACUCUGUGGCCAACAGGUGGCUCUGCCAGCUCCUCUCCUGAAUUAGGAGGCCAUUUACCCCUCUCCCACCUCGUAUAUUGGCGUAAUCACCCUUGAGGAAACUUGUGGUUGUCUGAGGAGAUGCUAGAUGUAGAGGUUGUGGUGACUAUGAGUGUUGUGGGGAGUGUUGAGGGAGGUGAGGGGGUGGAGGCGGUGCGCGACCCGGACUUAUGGUGUUGGUGUUGAACACACCCUGCAGGAGGAAGGUGGAGGAGGUCGUCAGAUGUGUCGCGCCUCGCCAGGCUCCCCAGCUGCUGUGUCUGUGUCGUGGAGGGCAGCCUCGCCUCCUGCGGUGACCGGGGCCACUGGACACCCGCCUGCACGGGUAUGACGAGCGCAGGGCGGUGCUCCUCUAGCUCCGCUCCCAGUCUUGUGCUUGUCGAGGUGUUCUUGCGUAGGACCUUACCUUAUGAAGGGGUUUCAUAGGACCUGUUAAGGUGAACGUGUUGCGAAGGACCUACCCGUGUGAAGGUGUUUCCAAGGACCUGCUCGAGUGAAGGUCUUGAGGACCGUCCAAGUGAAAGUGUUAAAUCUUGUCCAGUCAAAAAAUUUUAGGGCCUGUCCAGGUUGGGGGUGUCCAGGACCUGUCUAGGUGAAUGCUUCAAAGCCCUGUCCAGGUGGAGGUGACAAAGCUUCCCCUAUAUUGCUGCCUUCAUGCUGGAGGAAGGAAUAUACCAGCGUGUGGCCCUCGAGUCACCGUCUCAGUCUCCCACACAGUCCAGUGACCACCUCCUGGACAACAAGUGCGUUCAGUCGAGUGCCAGUUCGUCCUCUGACAACCUAGAUGCAACCUCUCCGAAGGACGUGCACCCCAAGACCAAGGUGAAAAUGGCAAGUGUGAAACGAAAAUGGCAAAUUUUUCCUGGUCGCAACAAGUUUUGUUGCGACGGUCGCAUAAUGAUGGCACAACAGACUGGCAUCUUUUACUUCACAGUUGGACUCAUUGUUGUCACAAAUGUACUAUUCUUUAUCUUUGACUGUCCCUUCUUGGCGGAAAACUUGACACCGGCCAUACCAGCAUUUGGGGCACUUUUGUUUAUUUUCGUCAUGUCUUCACUCUUCCAUACUUCCUUCACUGAUCCUGGCAUUAUUCCAAGAGCCACAGCUGAUGAAGCUAUCUACACUGAGAAACAAAUAGAGGUGCCCAACUCUGGUAAUGGUCCCAGACUCCGCCCUCCACCUCGCACUAAAGAAAUUGUUGUAAAUGGUGUGACAGUAAAGCUUAAAUACUGUUUUACUUGCAAAAUAUUCCGACCACCCAGAGCGUCUCAUUGUUCAAUCUGCGACAAUUGUGUUGAAAGAUUUGAUCACCAUUGCCCAUGGGUUGGGAAUUGUGUUGGCAGGAGAAACUACCGAUAUUUUUACCUUUUCAUCAUAUCUUUAGCCUUUCUCUGUGUAUUCAUCUUCUCAUGCGUUAUCGCGCAUCUUGUCUUAUUUAUGAAAGAGAGUGCAACUUUCUUGGAUGCUGUACAGAAUAACCCUGCAUCAGUCAUAGAAGGUGUCAUAUGCUUCUUCUCUGUAUGGUCAAUCCUAGGGUUGGCAGGAUUCCACACCUACCUCACAACAUCAAAUCAAACUACAAAUGAGGAUAUUAAGGGCUCCUUCACUGCUCGACGAGGACAGGCAAAUUUUAAUCCAUAUGGAUAUGGUAACUUCUGCCUGAAUUGCCUAGCCGUAUUGUGUGGCCCUGUUCAACCCAGCCUUAUAGAUCGUCGAGGUGUUGUAACGCUAGACUACUUGACGAGCACACAAGGUAAAGUACCUGACAGUCAGGUACCUUCCAGAAGUUAUGGCACAGUGUACACAGCCCAGCCAACGAAUGGCAUGGUGCCUCAACGGGCUGGCUCGGAUAAGCCAGUGGGGGCACAGGCUAACAUUGGGGGCGUGGUGGGGGGCAGUGGUACUAGUGUUGGUCCUGCAGAGGCUGGUGUGGCAGGCUCGUUGAAAAAGAAGUCCACAUCAACGCAGUCAAUAAAUGGAAAAGAGGGAGUGAAUAGCAGUUGUGCAGGUACUACAUCUGUUGUCAGUCCUCUUCAUGCUACUGUGGGGUCAGGUUUACCUCCUGCAGCAGUUCAUCAGCCACAGGCCAGCCCGGGAGAAAAUGUCACUAUGGCAAACAGUACAAGUGUAGGGGGCACAACAGGAGUGUCCACUAGCCAGUUGUAUCUUCUAGACAGCUCCUAUGAUCUCGACUUGGAUUCUAUAGAUGGCUCGGUGUCGCAGCCCUCGCACUCUGAGUCGUCACAGUUAGGACUAAUUCAUAGUAAUGCUGUAUAGCCCUGUUUUAAUGUAAUUGUUAAAGAAUAUCUUUCCAAGUGUGAUGCAUGGGGUUGUGUAUGGCAUGUACUCCAAUAUUUGUGCCAGCAAGAAUUACGUUUGAACAAAAUGUGCAUUUUUCUCAGUCUCGGUGAUACAGUGAAGGUAGUUGCUGGACAUAUAGACCAGUUUGUUACCAGUGUAACUGAGAAGAUACUUGCUUUUUCAUGUAUAUUAAUUCUCUUGUGAUUGAAAUAACUUGCAUCACAGAUAAAACUGCAGUACUGAAAUGAAAGCUAUAGAAACAAAAAGGAGAGUGAUCCAGUGUAGAGAAAAACUUGGCAUCAAUGAGUAAUACAAGACUGAUCUGCUAAGACUUGAGUUAAAUAUAUGUUGCACAAUCAAAUCCUUACUUUAAGGUUUGUGUUGUGUCAUGAUUUAAAUACACGUGUGUGUACAUGUUAGUUUGUGUGUGUGUGUGUGUGUGUGUGGUGCGUGCGUGUGCAUGAGUGCGUGCGUGCACACAUGUGCAUGCAGCACUAUCAGAAAAAGAAAGACUUAUUUUCUUCGGAAUCCUCUAUUUAGCUACAUCAGUUUGUAGAGUCUUAAAUUUCUGCGUAUAUAUAUUUGUGUGACGUGUAUAUGCAUACAUGAAUACUUAUCAUAUGACAUAUGUUAUUUUCUUUUAAUUUCCAUUAAAACGGCAUGACAACAUUGCAUAUAUAGCUUGUGGAUUUCUUCAUUGAUAAAUAUUUAGUCAUGUUAAAUUUUUAUAUUUAUGUAUGUAAUAUAUGAUGAAAUCAAGGUACUUUAUCUUGAGUUGAAGCGACCAAAGUUUUGUGUGUGGAGCGCCUAGUGCUGUAGGAUAUAGAAAGCUUAGGUAAUGAACCCUUUUUUAAAUAUUUUUAGGAGUGUGUGAUAAAAUGUUAUGCUCUUGUGACAUUAGCAAGUUGAGAAAGAUAGCUGCUGCUAGCAAGCUGAGAGGCUCAUCAAACUGGUUGAUGUAAUUCUUUUUCCCAUAUUGUAUGUAGGGAAAGUUUUCUACAAAUUUGAGAGCACGUCGUUAUCAUGCUUCAAGGUCACAUAGGGAAGGUGUCUAUAUUAUUGUUGUCUAGAAUGUUUUCUUGUACUCUUUAUCACCAGGUCAAACUUUUUAUGCAUGUGAUUUCCAGGCUGAUUAAUAGUAUUCUGAUUGUAAAUGACUAUGGUACGUCUUUUAUAUGUUGGGCCAUGUAAUGUUCGUGUAGUUAAUGAGGAAUUAUAAUGUGGUAGAUCUUUUAACUGCCAUUGUGAUUUAUGUUGAAAGUUCUGGUAAAGUGGUGUUUGGUGAGCAAAAUUUGACAUAAAUAUCCUAAUUGUUCUCCUGACUUAGUACUAGGUGAUACCCCAUGAAAUAAGUCAGAAUACCUGUUACUGUAUUGAAAAGUAUUCAAUGUAGUGAUGGCUUAUAAAAAUCUCCUAAGCAUAAAAAUAUAGUAUUGGAUUUAUCAUGUGAGGAAUUGAGCUAUUUGAAUAAUUUUGUAAAAGAUAAUAUUUUUAUUGAAUUGGUAUAUCUUGACUAUAAUGCACUUCAUAGGAGUAUUUACCUUUGAACUAAUGUAAGUUUAAAAUAAAACAAAAAUCAGUUGAUAUUUUGUAUGAGUUAGCCAAUGCUGAACUUGGAUUGUGGUCUAAGAUGUCUUAGAUGCAAGCUACCACAUUUCUAUGAAGAGAGAUAAUGUUUAGAACCCAAGAAUCAAUCAAUUUUAUCAAAAUUUGUGAAAGGACUGUCAUACCCUUGAUUCAUAUUUCACAUACAGUCCUUUCUCUUUGAGGACCAAUUGUGUCCUAAACCAUUGUGGAGGAAGGGAAGUAGUACAUGGAUCUGGUACUUCAUAAACCCAGGGUCUGAUCCUGCAUGACACUUACGAACCCAUUUAUUGUGUCGUGCCAUUGUGAGUUUCAAUUUGAUGUAAGUAUUGUAUUGGCACCCUAAAAUGAUAUCUAGAAAUCUUUUACUGUUCUGCACCACAGAUGGUGCUCAGUAGUCUUCCAGGUUUGGUGGCCUCUUUUGUUAAUUACUUAAUACGAGUCCAUGAAAAUUGGGCAGAAAGUAAUAUGAAAAUUAGAGCUUAAUAUUUCCUUCAUUAGAACAUUUUUAGAAGCCAUUGACCAGAAGGCUAGACAUCACUAGAAAAAAAGUACAAAAUAAUAUCAAAACAAAAUUAGCAAAGUAUCACUAAUUUUACUAGAAUGGUGAACGUCUUCAUAAGGUGUAAAAAUAUAAUAAUAACUUUACCUUGAAGCAACAAGCUUUGGUGAUAAUUUGUAGUUCUGGACAUAUGAUCCCAACAUAGUGGCAUUAAGAGAUCUACUGUACAUAAAACAUUAUUGCCUUAAAUAUUGCAAAACUAUGCCAUCAUUUUAGAAUUUGUGAAUUGCAAUAAAACAAAUGGUGUAAUAAUGUGUCCAAUUUA